GCGAGGAUCCGUUAGCUCCACACAGCGGGAAGAGAAGAAGAAGAAGGAGGAGGAGGAGGAAAGGGGGGGUGAAACUGAAUCAAAAAGAAAAGUUGAAUUUCUGAGGACUCAGCAAAAAGCAUGGGAGAAUCUGCCUGUCUUUUGAACUCGUUCUCCCUUUCCACACCCACAUCUCAGGAUGCCACAUCCACACAGGGAACCCAAUUUCAUGCUCUUGGAGAGUCCAUCUCUUUCGGGAGGUUCAUGUCGGAGCCCUUGGCCUGGGAGAAGUGGUCCACCUUCUCUCACAAACGCUACGUCGAAGAAGCGCGGAGUUACGCUCGCCCAGGAUCGGUGGCGCAGAAGAAGGCUUUCUUUGAGGCUCAUUACAAGAGCAUUGCUGCUCGGAAGGCGGCGGCGGCGGCGACGACGACGGAGACGUUGGUUGAGCAACCAAAUGAUGCUGCCGAUAACAGCCCCCAACCAGAACCUGAACCCGACGAUGGCGGUGUUGCUGCAGCUGAUUCCCAAGUGCAUGUUGAUGAACCGCUCGAGCAAAGUGUAGAGGGGGAUUCUACGAUCAAUGGAAAUAAUUACAGUCCAAAUGCGGAAAUGAAGGAAGUGGAGACUGAGCGGGUGAGAGUAGCCGACUUGGUAACAGAGACGGGGGUUCUGGGGGAGAAUUCUGUGAAGAGCCAUACUUUGAACCAGGUUGAGAAUGUUGCAGAUGAGGAGGCUCCAUUGCUAAUAAGCAAGACGAAACCAGCAUUGUCAUCUUCAGAAUCAGAAACACUUCACCGUAGAGCACCUAAACCAUCAGUUUCUCCUGCCAAACCGGCAGCUCCAAUUCCUCCCAGGAGGAAAAUCAAUGCCCUUCCAGUUACCAGGAAAUCGAUGGUACCCACUGCAGAUACAAAGAGAUCAACCAGGAGAUCCCUGCACGAGAUGAUCUAUUGCACGCCUGCCAAAGGACCAGACAAGCCGACUACUCUGGCUGCCCAUAUGGUUGAAAGCUCAAGAGUUGCUCCUAGUCCUAAUAAGGAAUCUAAAGAUUGCAGAACUCCUCUAAGGACUCUAAUUACGGCUUCGUCAAAUGGGGAACUAAAGCAUCCUUCAGCAACCCCUUGUUCAAAAAAUAUAAGGUCUACAACUACAACACCACUUCAUCCCACUGCUGCUGGAAGCAAAACAAUAGGACCAAAAUGGAACAUCCUAUCUACCGUUUGUUCCAAGUCCCUGAGUGUCUGCAGAAACAAGUUACAGUCACCAACUUUAUGCAUUCCUUUUAGCCUGAGGACGGAGGAAAGAGCUGCAAGAAGAAAGCAGAGGCUUGAAGAAAAAUUCAAUUCCCAGGAGACACAAGAAGUGCGUCUGCAGACAAGAGUAAAGGAGAAAGUAGAAUCCGAAAGAAAAGGAUUUUGUCGAAGCCUCUGCUUCAAAGCUCCACCCAUGCCUGAUCAUUGUGGGGGAAGAGAAACAACCAAAGAUCAGAUGAAGAAUGAAAAGAUUCCAUUGACACAUUCUCAGUCACCCAGAAAAAUAAAGCCAAAUUCUUCUAUCACAUCUCAACUUACAACCUCUCUGCCUCCAGAGACAGCUUCAGCCAAGAACAGAUUCCCUAAUAAUAUCACGAAAAGGAAAAGCCAGGUACCAAAUCUUCUUGGUUCACUAGGUGUUUUGAUAAUUUCCAAUGAGAAUUCAUCUCCAAAUAUUCAUUCAGCAUUAUUGACUCGCAAAGAAAGCAGAGAAUUGUAGAAUACUACUGAAUGGCUGCUGAAUGCUACUUUUAGAUUACCACAGAGAGAGAGAGAGAGAGAGCUAU